AUGUGUGUGAGAGAGAGCGUGCGUGUGACAACCGAUCACACAGAAACGGAGAACAGACAAAAACAAAGAGAGAGAGACGGAGAGGCCAGCGGGGAGUGCGCAGCGCGGAGGAAGCUUGUCCCGCGCCGCGCCCCGUCCAGGGCGGAGCUGAGAGGGGGGCGGGAAGUGCCGCCUCUCCUCGGCUCGCGCUCAGGCUCCCCGGCUCUGCCUUGGCCAUGUCAUUCCGCCGGGCGCUGGCGCUGGCCGCCUGCGGGCUGGCCGGCGGCUCCGUGCUCUUCUCGGCCGUGGGCGUGGGCAAGCAGCCGGCCCGCGGCGCCGGGGGGGGACGCUGAGACUCGGUCGGCGGGAGCUGCCGGCCCCGGGCUGCUGCUCCUGCCCCCCGCCGCCGCCGCCUCCUGCCCCGCAGCGCCGGGCUGGGUAGAGCGAGCCGCCGGCGGCUCCUGGGACAGCAACUGGGACAGGUGGUUUCCAGGUUCAAGACUGCAGCACUUUGGUAAGGUUUUGAGGGAAGCUGUCUGUCUAGAUCUCGGCACAUCUUUCUGUCAUCUUCAACGUGAACCACUGGCUCUUAUCAACCGGAAAAAGAAAAAUGAAGAGACUGGGGAAGAAGAGCUUGCUUCCCGCCUAGAUCACUGCAAAGCAAAAGCUACCAGACACAUAUUCCUUAUCCGCCAUUCUCAGUACAACUUGGAUGGCCGGAUUGAUAAAGACAGAACUCUGACACAACUGGGUCGUGAGCAGGCAGAGCUGACUGGGCGCAGGCUGGCAAGUUUGGGGUUGAAAUUUGAUACAAUUAUUCACUCCUCUAUGACCAGAGCAAUGGAAACAACCGACAUCAUCAGCAAGCAUCUUCCAGGGGUCAAAAAAAUUAGUACUGACCUGCUAAGAGAGGGAGCUCCUAUAGAACCAGUCCCUCCAGUAUCUCACUGGAAACCAGAAGCUGUGCAGUAUUAUGAAGAUGGGGCUCGUAUUGAGGCUGCUUUCCGAAACUAUAUUCAUAGGGCUGAUGCAAAACAGGAAGAGGACAGCUAUGAGAUUUUUGUUUGUCAUGCCAAUGUGAUCCGCUACAUAGUUUGCAGAGCAUUACAGUUCCCCCCAGAAGGCUGGCUUCGGAUGUCACUUAAUAAUGGCAGUAUAACCCAAUUGGUGAUCCGUCCUAGUGGAAGAGUGGCACUUAGAACACUUGGAGACACAGGAUUCAUGCCUCCUGAUAAAAUCACACGCACCUGAGUGUGUGCAGGUGAUGGCCAUGUGGGAGCUGCUUCUAGUCUCUCUGCACUAGUACAUCCAACUAUUGUACCACUAAAUUUCUAUUUGUAAUAUCAGGGUAUGAUGGUGUUUUAAAAUUUUACUUUAAUCCCCUCAGUCUGCUUUUCACUCCCAAAAAGAAGACUUUACAUUUCUUCAGAGUUCUAUGGACUUGACUUGUAUCACUUCAUAAAAUGAAGAGCGACACCUCCCUGCUCUGAGAUGUGGAGUGGGAAAAGACUGUGCUCAACCAUCUGAGAGCACCACUUGCCUGUAAAGUGAAAAUUACUCUUGUUGGACUGAUUCCUAUACUAUAGAGGGGUAUGACUAUUAGUGCUUUCCCCUGUUGAAGUUAUGUACAUGGAGGUGUUUAGGAGACACAGGGCAUACUGAAAUGAGAAGUACAGAGCUGUGGUGUUAGGUUGGAGUGUGACUUUAAUGCUCCCUGCUUUGGAUAUUCAUUCCCCUAUUCUGAAAAAUACUCCUGACAGAAGUCUUUUUGCAGCUAGAAGCCAGAAAUUUCCUACCCCUCGUGCUCCAGAAGGAAAGUAAAUGUUAGGGGGAAAGUCUGUCUUAAGCCAGUUUUAGAACACUAACUUGUCCUGAUGGGGCUGGUGGUAGUACUAGACAGUAGAAGGCUGUGCAAGUGCUUUGUCUUAUGCAGGUAAGCUUUAAGAACCACCAAGCAAGUCUGCCUCCCUGGCCUAACUCCCUACUUGACACUCCAACCAUGAGUAGUAAAUUUGGGCAAAAAUUCUGGUGCUAUAUUAAUACAGAGAUGGAAGAGCAAAUAAGUGGGUAGGAAGUUACUUCUAGUCAAGUGAAAACAAGGAUCAUGUUAAUAACUAGACAAAUUACAACUUUUCUUGAAGAAAAUGCUAGGUUCUCACCUUUCCCUUGUCAAGUAAUAUGAAGUUUUAAUCAUGAGAAAUAGUGCCUAGCAACAGGGGCGAGUGAAACCCUGAACUCUUUCCAAGCUGUUUGAUCCAACUGCUACAGACAGAUUAGUGAAACAGGCUACUACCGAACGUAAAACUUUGUAUUUGGACAAGAGGGGAGGAUUGUCUUCAGCAAUCACGGGAAGAAAUUGGAAUAAUUUUGUCUAUCAACUUUUUAAAAUAAAAAUUUAAGUGGUCUCUUCGUGUACCCUUUGAGUAUAGCAAUCACCACAUUUUGGAACACACUGCAAGCCCUAAGAAGGGAAGUGUACUGGAGAUGAACUGAAGCAUGCAUGUC